AUGUCUACGAAGAUUACCAGGUCAACCGACUCCUUGAAGGUGUUCAAGUCAAAACUCAAGGGUCUUCGAGCGUCGUUAAACAACAUUAGUCAGUUCGUUAGGUAUUAUAAAGAGGGUACAACAGCUAGUCAGGUCAAUGUCCGCCUCGAACACUACGAAGAGCAAGAAGGUGUCGAAAAUAAGCAAUUGGAGUUCGAGAAUCGCUACUACGAUGCGAAAUCGUUCUUGAUGGAGAAGGCCAAGAAGUUCCAGGAAGAAUCAGCAUUAAACCAGUCAACACGAAGUGCAGACGCCGCUAGUACACAUGGUACAAUGGACCGUGUGCGCCUGCCGCAAAUCAAGCUGCAGACUUUCGACGGAGACAUCGAUGACUGGCUGAGUUUCAGGGAUCUCUACACGUCCUUGAUCCAUGAGAAGGCAGAACUUCCGGAUGUGGAGAAAUUCCACUAUUUGAAAGGUUGCUUAGCAGGCGAAGCUAAGGCGCUAGUAGAUCCGCUAAAGAUAACUAGAGUCCAUUAUAAAAUAGCUUGGGAGUCGUUGCUAAAACGUUUCAACAACAGUAAGAUACUAAAGAGGAAACAAGUACAAGCGCUGGUCAAACUACCUUCACUCGUCAAGGAAUCGGUCACGGAUCUCCACAGAUUGGCUGAUGAAUUCGACCGUGCGAUUCAGAUAUUGGAUCAAGUCAUCGAACCAGCCGAAUAUAAGGAUUUGCUGCUGGUAGAACUGCUGAGUUCUCGUCUGGAUCCAGUCACUCGACGUGGCUGGGAAGAACACACGUCCGCUAAGGAGCAAGACACUCUACAGGACUUGCAGGAGUUCCUACAAUGGAGAAUUCAAAUCCUCGAGUCUCUACCAGCGAAGGCAGAACUCAAAAACGAGCCGCAGCAACCCAAACGGAAGUCGUUUUCACCGAAGGUCAGCCACAACGCCGUACAAUGGAAUACCGCUAAGUGCCCAUCGUGUACGGAGGUUCAUGGACUACAUACGUGUCCAGCCUUCCUGAAAAUGUCGCUGUCCAGCAGAGAGUCGUUUCUACGAGCACAGUCACUCUGCCGAAACUGUCUCAAGCGAGGACAUCUAGCUCGAGAUUGCUCGUCAAAGUUCUCGUGUCGCAACUGCAAGGCUCGACACCACACACUGCUGUGCGAAGGAAGAAGCAGUAGGAAUGGGUCACCCGAGAAAACCAAUUCGGGUAAUAGUGGCAACCGGAACGACUCGAGUUCUGAUCCCACGGCAGUGAAUGCAGCAUCGGUCGAGACAGCAUCGUCAAACACGGCGCAGCUUCCGACAUCGCAGGUACUUCUGGCUACAGCAGUAGUUGUGAUCGAGGACAGCCAGGGUUCUCGCUAUCCGGCACGUGCGCUAUUAGAUUCCGGGUCGGAAUGCAACUUCAUUUCUGAAAGUCUGAGUCAGUUGAUGAAGGUUGCUAGCCAGAAGGUCGAUAUUUCAAUAUUGGGCAGCGGACAAUCCGGAACGAGGGUCAAGCGAAAGAUUCAAGCCGUCGUCAAGUCUCGAGUCUCGUCGUACUCUAGACCGAUGGAUUUUCUCGUCUUGCUGAAGGUCACAGCUUGUCUGCCUACUUCUACAGUGCAGGCAAAUGGACGGGACAUACCGGCAGACAUCGAACUGGCAGAUCCAGAAUUCUUCCGCUCGAGAAAGGUCGACUUGGUCACGGGCAUCCAAGCUUUCUUCAGCUUCUUCCCAUCCGGAAGGGAAGUUCCACUGGGAACCGUGCCCUGGGAUCCAAACGAAUGUUGUGUUAUUUGGUGCAUGUUCCUGGAUCGCCUGGAUCCAGGGGUGUCUACUCGUUUCGGACUCAAGGGCAGCAACCACACUGGCGGAGUCGGUGAAGAUGGCUAUCGGUCGUUCAUCGGAGGUGGUGGCAGCGAUGAAAGCCACGGUGGCUUCGGCGGAGAAUAUCGAACACUGGUCUGGCAGUCGAUGACAUUCGCUCAGAUUGGGACCACAGAUCCCGAUCCCCACCUUCCCCUGAGCGACCGAGCCAUCGGUGUAUCUGAUUGA